AAUCUUACCUAAGUCAAUCGUAAAGUUAAGAUCCAAAGUCUAAGUUGCUCAUGACCAACUUAGGAUCGCUAAAAUCAAUCGUAGAGAGACCAAAAUGGCGACUUUCAUUAUUGUAUGUGAAGAAGAAGAGCGAGCUUUACACCGUGAGCGAGUUUUCCGAGACCGCUCACAGAUUCUAGACACAUCAUCGGAUGACGUGCUUGUGGCGAGGUAUAGAAUGCCUCGUCACGCCUUGUUCAUGCUGAUUAACAAGGUUCAGCCACACAUUAUGCCAGAUACUAAGCGUUCACACGCACUUUCCCCUGAAACCAAGGUGUUGACUACCCUAAGAUUUCUCGGGAAGGGUGGAUUUCUUGUUGAACUGGGAGAUCUUAAUGGUAUAUCCAAGUCAAGCGUAUCUAGGCUGCUCCGUCCAACCAUUCAGGCUAUAUGUGAUGCGUUGGAUAAUAUUUCCUUCGACCAGACACGGGGGAGUAUCAUCAGGACAAAGAGUGAUUUUUUCAAACUCGCAGGAUUUCCUAAGGUGAUUGGUGCCAUUGAUGGGACUUUGAUCCCGAUUGCGAAGCCCCCUGCUGACGAAGAGGCUGCUUUUGUGUGCAGAAAAGGCUUCCAUGCCAUUAAUGUGCAGGCAGUAUGCGAUGCAUCCCUCAGAUUUACUAAUGUUGUGGCAAGAUGGCCAGGAUCUGCGCAUGAUUCCUCCAUUCUAAACAACAGUAUCAUUGGACAAACAUUCCAACAUGAUUGCCCAGACGGUUUUCUCCUUGGAGAUUCAGGGUACAGUAAUGUUAGUUAUCGACCAUGGUUGUUGACCCCGGCAGAUCCAAGCACCCCGGCUCAGCAGAGAUACCAAUCAGCACACUGCAAGACAAGAAAUGUGGUGAGGGCUUUUGGUGUCCUGAAAUCACGAUUCAGGUGUUUGCACAAAAGCACUGGAUACCUGCCCUUCUCUACCAAGAAAUGCUGCAAAACCUGCGCCUACCCCAACCCAGAACCCAUGGAGGAAGACAACACAGAUGACCCCUACCAAGGAGCGGUCAAUGACGGCCACCAAGUCCGACAACACCUCAUUGAUCAUUUUUCACAGCAUGAACAUGGUGAUAAGUAG